UCUGCCGGCAGGAGAAGCCAUACAAUUUAGACACCAGCGUAAUAUGCAUGAAGCACUUUACGGAUAAGGAUUACAUGAGAACUGCUAGUCGACCAUCGCUUCGCCGCGACGCCAUGCCAACCAUUUUUGAGUGGGAAAUAGAUCCUGCUCCGGUGUGUGAGUCACAAAAUGACAGCGUUGAGGAGAUCAUUGAGCUACAAAAUUGCGAAGUUGGUUUAAAUGAAGGCGAUAAAGUAUAUCGGCCCAGGGACGGUACUCUUGAUGCUUCGACGUCACCUAUCCGUAACUGUGUUUACUAUGAUAGUGAUCUACAGGAAGUGGAAGUGUUGAAAGUGGAAGUUGAGACAUUCAAGCGCGAAAAUGCACACCUCAAAAAGGAAACCGAAAAGCAGUGCACCGAGCUCGCUACAUUGAAGCGGGAGUCCGACCUGCAAUUGAAGAGACACGCAUGGAAAAUGGAGUCACUGCAAAAACGUUUGGAUGAAAUGGCUGCCCAAAUGAAAAAUGUGGAAGAUGCACUAGCUUCCAUCUUCACCAAAGGGCAGAUAGCGAAGCUGAAGUCUGGGUCGAAGCGACGAAAAUGGGCGGAAGAGGAUAUUGCGAAGCCUCCGCUUACAAGUAUUUUGCUGAAAAACUUAAGCUCUAAUGCAGAACUGUGGCCGGUUGAAGAAGCGGAAUUCGAGGAUUUGGAGCUAGACGGACUCGAGCAUUUAGCGGGAUAUAUUUGCCACAAGCUGCAGGAUGACAUUCCCAGCACGUCGUUCAGGAGCAAUGACGACCAUUCAUUCUCCUGGGCGGAUCACCUUAAUGAGGCAUGAAUCAAUGUCCGCAUUUCACACGCACUGAUCUCAGUAUUUCAGACUCCUAAAAUUAAAAUACUUGCAUGCUACGUAAGUCCCUAGUUUUAAAAAAUCAUCAAGCGUCUUUUAUACAAAUAUAAACUUAUUUAUUUGCAGGCAAGUAAUAUGAUUUAUACAAAGGCCCUUUUCAGGGCCGCCAAUUAAUUAACAAAGAGAUUAAAAUUUUAUGCUUAGAUAAAUACAUAUAUACCAAUCAACAAGAGGCCCUUUUCAGGGCCGCAAUUAAGUUGAC